GGCUGCCUCAAUCUCGUGAGAUAUCGUAUCAGUGACGCUGUGAGCCCGGAGCAUAUAGAUAUCAACGAGCGCAAGCCUGUUCCUGAAGACUGUACCCAGACUUUGUCGACGAUGGAGAGCAAGAAGAGAAGGGGUAUCUUGGAUCGACUAAAUGCUGGGGAGGUGGUUGUAGGAGACGGAGGUUAUGUGAUGCAGCUAGAGCGACGUGGCUAUGUAAAGGCUGGACACUGGACACCUGAGGCAGCUGUUGAACAUCCUGAAGCAGUGCGGCAGCUGCACAGGGAGUUCCUGAGAGCAGGAGCCAAUGUGAUCCAGACAUUCACCUUCUACUGCAGUGAGGAUAAACUGGAGAUCAGUGGCAAUGUCUCCAACAUCUCCGGGGCUCAGAUCAAUGAGGCAGCUUGUGACCUGGCCAGGGAGGUAGCCAAUGAGGGGGAUGCAUUGGUCGCUGGGUGUGUAUCCAAGACUCCAUGUUAUGUGAAGAGUCACAGUGAGACCAAAGUCAAGGCCAUCUUUAAGAAACAGAUGGACGACUUCCUCAAGAAGGAUAUUGAUUUCUUUAUCGUUGAGUUUGUUGAUCAUGUGGAAGAGGCAGAGUGGGCAGUGGAGGUGCUGAAGACCAGCAGUAAACCAGUGGGUGCAACACUGUGCAUCUCCCCCCAAGGAGACAUGCACGGAGUCCCACCUGGAGAGUGUGCUGUCCGACUGGUCAGAGCCGGAGCUGACAUUGUUGGAAUAAAUUGCCACUUGGACCCUCUGACAUGCAUUCGUACAGUGAAGUUGAUGAAAGCGGGAUUAGAGAACGCUGGUCUCAAAGCUCAUCUCAUGAUCCAGCCUCUGGGCUUUCACACACCUGAGUGCAACUUAGGUGGAUACACCAGCCUACCUGAGUACCCCUUCGCAAUGGAGACCAGAGCAAUGACCCGCUGGGACGUCCAUCAAUAUGCAAGAGAGGCUUACGAUGCUGGAAUUCGCUACAUUGGUGGCUGCUGUGGAUUUGAACCCUACCAUAUCAGAGCGAUAGCAGAAGAGGUGUCUGCAGAGAGAGGAUUCCUCCCACCAGCUUCAGAGAAGCAUGGACUCUGGGGAGCUGCCCUGGGGAUGCACACUAAACCCUGGGUCAGAGCCAGGGCUCAUCGAGAGUAUUGGGAAAACCUUUUGCCUGCUUCUGGACGUCCCAAAUGCCCUUCCAUGGCCACAGCAGCUGAUGAUUAUGAAAAAUAGCUGGAAUCUAACAAACCAAUGUAAUCUCUUAUACACUGUCUGAUCAGAUUAUCUACUUUUUAAAAAUCAAGAAUGAGAGUUAAUGUACUGAUCUAACAGCCAGUUGUUUACAGAGAUUUGUGAAUAGCUUUGUACUCAAUAGGCCCUUUCAUUAUUUCACUUCAUUAUUUAGUCUGCCAGUGCUCUCCACCUUUCAUAACUUGGGCUCAGUCAUCAGUAAAUAAACUUUCCGUAACUGUAUAAACUAUCCCUUCACUUAAUACAUUUGACACUGUUUGUCUUUUAGUUAAUAAGGAUAAUAGUUGUAAAACACCUUCAUAGAUUUAUCAGUUGUUGAUUGAUUGUUUGAAUUUGCUGUGAAAUAUUUUCACUAAAUAAAUCCCACAAUAAAUGUAUCUUGUUUUUCCAACAAACCUUUUUUGGAAAAAAAAGCAAUGCUAUCUUUGUUACUGUAUAUAGAAAACACGUGUGUGACAAUUAUUGUCUCUUUAAUUCACAGUUUUCUUUUACAUUGUCUUUGUAUAUUUCCGCCAUUUAUGCGCAACAGUAACCGCUGCUUUGAGCGAAACAAAUUGUCAUUGAUUAACAUAUUCUCUCCAGUGUCUGACUGACUAAUUGGAUACUGAUAGUUUCAAACGUCCCUUUAACUUAUGGGACAGAUAUACUGCCUCCACGCCCCGUGGUGGCUGACCACGUGCACGUGCGCAACUCGCGCCGUCGCUGUGGUUUCUAGUUGUCGAGCUUUGGAUCUCAGUUGCUUUUAAAGUUGUGCAUUCUAGUCGCACCUGGAUAUUAUCUACGAUGGGGAGCAAGAGGAGG